AAUUGGCAGGAUGAGGAGCAGCAGAUCAAAAGAGGUGCCUUUACCAAAUCCAAGGAACUCGCAAAGCAAAGAUACUGUCCAAGCAGAUAUAACUACAUCGUGGGAUGCACUUUCUCAGACCAAGGCUGCUCUGAGACAUAUUGAAAACAAAUUAGAAGUAACCCCUGCCAGUACGGCUAUGCUUGAUUCUGUUAUGGAGGCCAAGAAGUCUUCUGCAAAUGCUACCAGAAAAAUAAGUAGAAAAGAAGGCAGAUACCUGGAUGAUUCUUGGGUUAAUGCUCCAACCUCCAAAUCCUCUAAAUCACGAAAAGAGAAAUCUCGCAGUCCUCUCAGAGCUACCACCCUGGAGAGUAAUGUGAAGAAAAAUAAUCGUGUGGAAUUUCGUGACCCUCUGGUUUCUUACAGGGAAAUUCAUGGUACGCCUUCCAACUUAAGUCCCAGUCAUCUGGAGUCAAAGCGUGUGUACUGUAUAGAUGUUACUGAAGAAAAAACGGAGGGAGGGAACCGGAUGAUAUGCCAUCGAGAUGAACGGAAUACGCCUUGCUGUGAUUUUGAGAGCUCUCAGUCAUCUGUCGUCAAUGAUACAGUUGUUAGGUUUUUAAAUGAUCGACCAGCAAUUGAUGCACUGCAGAAUUCUGAAUGUUUGAUUAAGAUGGGAGUUCCUGUGAGUACUGAGGAAGAACUGCCUAAUAGAACAGGAGGAAAUGAAAGCAACUUGAAGUCUUCUGUGAUUAAUGUAGGCCAUGAUGUUGAUCCAAAAGUGUUACGGCUAGCUGACUCUUCUCCCUCCUCCACUAGUACUUCUAAUUCCCAGAGAUUAGAUAUUUUAAAGCGGCGACAACACGACGUCAAAUUGGAAAAACUGAAGGAGCGAAUUAGGAAGCAGUGGGAACAUUCGGAAGAAACAAAUGGCCGGGCCCAUAAUCUGGGUCAUGUUGACCAUCCAGUAAUGGUUGUUAAUGUUGACAGCUCAGUGACAGCAAAAGUCAGGAAAGUGGCAACAGCACCACCUGCCCCAGCAUAUAGAGGUUUCAACCCUUCCGAGACCAAGAUUCGAACACCUGACGGGAAAGUGUGGCAGGAGGCUGAGUUUCAAAACAUGAGUAGAGAACUGUAUCGAGACUUAGCACUUCACUUUGCAGAUGAUAUUGCUAUAAAAGAGAAACCUGUUGAAAAAAGUAAAGAGAAGAAAGUGGUAAAGCCAGUACGGAAAAUCCAAAAGGUAGCACAAUUGUCAAGUCCAGAAUGCAAAACAGGUAAUAGUCGUCUGAUAAGUACCUCUUCUUGGCGAGAUGGACAAAAAUUAGUAAAGAAGAUCCUGGGACCUCCACCCAGGGUGGAGCAAAAAGAGCGAAGAACGGCAUCAAGUGACAGAAGUGGAAAAGAACGAACUACUAAAUCUGCGGGUCAUAUUGGAAGAGCAGAAUCUGAUCCCAGGUUGGAUGUUUCACAUAGACAUCUUCCACGAAGUUCUGAACGUUCAAGAAGUAGAGCUUGGUCUGAAAAUAAUGUCAAGAAAUUAGCUCCAUCUCUUCCAGAUAACAAACAGGAGGAAAAUUCUGCCUUAAAUAAGGACUUUUUACCUGUUGAAAUCCGUGGCAUCCUUGAUGACCUGCAGCUGGAUUCUGCUGCUCAGUCUGCAAGGCAGGAGACUGGCGAAUUACAGAGCCAGAAGUCCUCAGCGCCAGUACAAGCUCCUAGGAGUCAUAGCCCAGUAAAAAGGAAACCUGACAAAAUAACAGCUAGUGAAGAUCCCCCUGUAAUAUCCAAAAAGCGCCACUAUGACACAGAUGAAGUACGCCAGUACAUUGUUCGACAGCAGGAGGAAAGGAAGAGGAAGCAAAAUGAAGAGAAGAAGGCCCAAAAGGAGGCUACUGAGCAGAAGAACAAACGCCUGCAGGAGCUGUACCGGAAACAGAAAGAAGCCUUUACUAAAGUAAAAAACGUGCCCGUGUCUGAGCCAUCAGCAACCAGGCGGCUACAGGAAACGUACUCAAAGUUGCUACUAGAAAAGACUUUGCUUGAAGAGCCAUCCCGUCAACAAGUUACACAGGAGACACAGGCCAGACCAGGGUAUCAGCCCUCUGGAGAAUCUGACAAAGAAAACAAAGUACAGGAACGUCCCCCAAGCGCAUCUUCCAGUAGUGACAUGUCAUUGUCAGAACCUCCACAACCUCUUGCGAGAAAGGACUUGGAACCUACAUGGAUGCAGCCUGACAGAUUGAGCCCACGAGUUCAGCAUCCUCAACCACAGCCUCUUGUUGGAACAGCUGGAAAUUUACUCUCCCAUCUCUUGAGUCUAGAGCAUGUAGGAAUUUUGCAUAAGGAUUUUGAAUCUCUUUUACCAACCAGGAAGAAUCAUAAUGUGGCUUCGGGACCAGUAACUUUUGCACCUCAACCAUAUCUGACCUCACCAGCUGCUCAUCCAGAUGCCUUGUUAAAACCUAGUGCCACCCAAUAUAAGAGUAAACUGGAUCGUAUUGAAGCCUUGAAAGCAACAGCUGCUUCUUUGUCCAGCAGGAUUGAAAGUGAAGCUAAGAAAUUAGCUGGCGCCAACAUUAACUAUGGGUCAGUAUGUAACACCGAGUAUGAUGUGCAGCGAGCACCUCAAGAAGAUGGACCUUGGGCCAAACCUGUGAGUCCACCUGUGAAGGAGGAUACUGAAGAUGUUUUCUCUGCUCGAAUUCAAAAGAUGUUGGGAACCUGUGUAUCUCAUGCGACUUUUGAUGAUGAUCUUCCUGGUGUAGGCAACCUCAGUGAAUUUAAAAAGCUUCCUGAGAUGAUAAGACCUCGGAGUGCCAUAUCAAGCUUCAGAAUGAGAUCCCCUGGUUCCAAACCAGAAGGGCUGCUGGCCCAGUUGUGUAAGAGGCAGACUGACUCUUCUAGCUCUGAUUUGCAAGCCUGUUCUCAAGACAAAGCCAAACUGUCUCUAGGUUCCAGCAUAGAGUCAGUAAGUGAAGGGCCUCUUCUUAGUGAGGGAAGUCUCUCCGAAGAAGAGGGAGGCCAGGAUGGACAGCCCUUUGUGAAGGUAGCAGAAAUCUUAAAAGAAAAGGAAUUUUGUGCUGGAGAAAGAAAUGCUUAUGAACCCAUCAAAGAGUUUCAGAAGGAAGCUGAAAAAUUUUUGCCAAUUUUUGGGCACAUAAGUGAUGCACAAAACAAAGGACCAUGGGAAGAAUUGGCAAAGGGAAGUCCACAUAGUGUCAUCAAUAUUUUUACAAAAUCAUAUCAAUUAUAUGGAAAAGGAUAUGAAGAUAGGUUGAACAGAGGUACAUCAGCAUCACGACCUCUGAAUGCCAUCACAACCCCUCUAAGCAGUGUUUCGUAUGAAGAUGAUUUUGUUUCCUCUUCAGGGAGUGGGACUUUGACAGAAAAAAGAUCAGCUCUUGAACUUAACAUUGGUGGUAGCGAUCUAGGCAUUCAGGAGGACCAUUCUAGCCGAAAGCCUGCCCACGACCUCUCCUCUGUGGAUGCGACCUCUCAGCACUCGUCCGGAGCCCACUCUGCGGCAUCGUCUCGGUCAUCCUCUUCUUCCAAGGGAAAGAAAGGAAAAAAGGAAAAGAGAGAAUGGUUGGAUUCAUUCACUGGAAAUGUUCAGAACUCACUUCUUGAUGAGGAAAAAGUACAGUCUGGCACAGAACAUGGCUCCUACCAAGGAAAGAAAUCUGGGACCAGUAACAAACUUUCUGUAAAAGACAGUGAGCAGACACUUGAUACCGAUAGCACUUUGGAGAAUCUUUCUGGGCAUUCUAUGAGUGUCUCUUCAGACAAGGGAAGAUCCCAGAAAACUCCAGCUUCUCCCUUGUCUCCAAGUUCUCAGAAACUGUUGCAGUUUAACCUUCCAGGAACUUCCUUAGAAAGAUCUAAGUCUUCAGUGGUAAUGCCUCCAACUCCUUCAGGACUGAGGACCACUUCAGCUUUCACUGACAUGAGCCUGACUGCCAGCAGAAUGCCCACAGAGACAGGUGCAACCCCAGGUUCUAAGCGCUUUUCUCCUGCCGGCCUCCAGCACCGUAUGGCAGCAGAACUCAGUUACCUGAACGCCAUCGAGGAGUCAGUGCGCCAGCUGUCAGAUGUGGAAAGGGUCAGAGGCAUUUCACUGGCUCAGCAGGAGACUGUGUCUCUGGCUCAGAUCAUAAAGGCACAACAGCAACGCCAUGAAAGAGACUUGGCCCUUUUGAAACUGAAGGCUGAACAAGAGGCCCUGGAGUGUCAGAGACAAUUAGAAGAAACCCGAAACCAAGCAGCUCAGGUCCACGCAGAAUCAUUGCAGCAGGUGGUUAAAUCACAACGGGAAGUAACUGAAGUCCUGCAAGAAGCAACUUGCAAAAUAGCAGCUCAGCAAACAGAGACUGCCCGCCUUACCACAGAUGCAGCACGCCAAAUAUGUGAGAUGGCAGAGUUGACUCGAACUCAUAUUUCAGAUGCCAUCACUGCUUCAGGAGCUCCCCUAGCAAUGCUCUAUGACCACCAGCGGCAACACCUUCCAGACUUCGGAAAACAUCUGAGGGCCAGAGUUGAACCAGAUCGGAAAAGUCAGUCUGUUUCCCUCUCUCAGAGUAAAGAAGAGACCCUUGACUCAAAGUAUCAGAAGUAUUCCCCUUCAUAUGAUAGCUAUUCUGAGUCUUCAAGAUAUAAGAGUCAUGAUCGAAGAAGUAGUAGCGGUAGCAGCCGUCAGGAAAGCCCUUCGGUUCCAUCUUGUAAAGAGAAUGAGAAGAAACUUCACGGUGACAAAAUGGAGAGCUCCAUUGACGAGCAAGUUCAGACAGCUGCAGAUGAUUCCUUACGGAGCGAUAGCGUGCCAUCUCUUCCUGAUGAGAAAGAUUCAACUUCUAUUGCAACAGAAUAUUCCCUGAAAUUUGAUGAAUCCAUGACAGAAGAUGAAAUAGAAGAAAAAUCAUUUCGCUCUUUACUGCCGUCUGAGAGUCAUCGCAGAUUUAACAUGGAAAAGAAGAGAGGACAUCACGAUGACUCUGAUGAAGAAGAAAAGUCCCCAGAGAAGACUACACUGUCUUCUGCCAAGGAGCUGAGCAUGCCAUUCUCAGGAGGACAAGAUAGCUUUUCUAAAUUUACCAUGGAGAUGGUUCGACAGUACAUGAAAGAAGAGGAAAUGAGGGCAGCUCACCAGUCUUCACUGUUACGUCUCCGUGAAAAGGCCUUGAAGGAGAAAACGAAGGCUGAAUUAGCCUGGCUAGAGCACCAGAAAAAACAUCUACGAGACAAAGGAGAAGAUGAUAAAAUGCCCCCACUCCGGAAGAAACAACGUGGUUUGCUGUUAAAGUUGCAACAAGAAAAGGCAGAAAUAAAACGUCUUCAGGAAGCCAAUAAAGCAGCUCGGAAGGAAAGACAACUGAUUCUUAAACAGCAGGAGGAGAUAGAAAGGAUCCGACUGACCACCAUGAAACUACAGGAGAAGUUGAAGUCUGCAGGGGAGAAUAAAAUGGACUCUCAUAGUGAUGAGGAUACAAAGGAUGAUAAGGCAACUAGUCCUGGCCCCACGGACUUGGAGACCCGCAGUCCUUCUCCCAUUUCAAUCUCCAGCAGUGAGACUAGCAGCAUCAUGCAGAAACUGAAGAAAAUGAGAAGCCGCAUGGAUGAGAAGUUUCUGACAAAACGAGAACAAAAGCUGAUGCAGCGGCGGCAACACGCAGAGGAGCUCCUAGAGUGGAAGCGACGUUUAGAUGCAGAAGAGGCAGAAAUUCGACAAAUGGAAAAACAAGCUUUGGCUGCCUGGGACAAAGAAUUAAUAAAGCCCAAAACUCCUAAGAAAGAACUGGAGGACCAGAGAACAGAACAGAAAGGUAAAAUAAUAAGUGAAGAGGAGUCUCCAAUACCAUCCUUCUCUCACCUAAACAGUGAAAGCUCUAUUCCAGAGGAACUAGGCAGCCCGGCUGUUGACUAUGGACCUUCCGAGUCUCUAGUGCAGGAGCAGCCAGGUAGUCUAGAUCACAGUGUACUAACUGAAGAAAUGGUUUGCUCACAGGAACUAGAAUCUUCUACCUCUCCGGGGAAACAUUCACCUCCCAGAAGCUGCCCAUCUGUGUCAAAGCAGGACUCUAGCAAAGGAAGCCAUAGGACAGGAGGACAGGGUCAUCUGCCUAUCAAGUCUCAUCAGCACUGUUACAGUUGGUCCGAUGAGUCACUAUCUAUGACACAGUCAGAAACUACAUCUGACCAGAGUGAUAUUGAAGGUAGGAUCAGAGCUCUGAAGGAUGAGCUGCGGAAAAGAAAAUCAGUUGUGGACCAGCUGAAGAAGGAACAGAAAAAAAGACAAAAGGAAAGACUGAAAGCCCAAGAAGCCAGUUUGAUCAAACAGUUAGAGUCAUAUGAUGAAUUCAUUAAGAAAACUGAAGCCGAGCUUAGCCGAGAUUUGGAAACAUCACCAACAGCCAAGCCUCAGAUUAAAACACUCUCCGCAGCUUCUGAAAAACCCAAGAUCAAGCCCAUCCCACUACACAGAUCUGAAACAACAAAAAAUUGGAAAUCAUUAACAGAAUCAGAACGUUCUAGAGGAUCUCUGGAGUCUAUUGCUGAACAUGUUGAUGCCUCACUGUCAGUUUCUGAGAAAUCAGUAUCCGACAAAUCUUUAUCUGCAUAUGCAAAGAGAAUGAUUGAAUUGGACAGUCGAAUAGAUGAACGUUUUCAGGCCCCAUCUCCAAUUCUCAGAUCAUCACGGAAUACCAGGGCAGAAUCAGGAGAUUCUCUGGAAAAUGCACCUUCAUUACCUCUCAUCAAAGAACUAAAUGCCUCUCAUAGUAUUCUUGAUGUGUUGGAUGUCAAGGUUGAACAUUCCAGUCAGCAAUCAGAAAUACAAGAAGUGGAAUAUGCAAAAUUGGAGGGGAGCGAGAUUGAAGAUGCCUAUUCUAAACAAUCUGGGAAAUAACUAGACCUGGAACAGGGAGAUUCAGCUGAAAUUCUUUCAAAGAAAGAUCCUCCUGUAGACUCUGCAAAUGUUCAGACAGACUUAGUUAGGUUAGCCACUGAAACUCUUCAUAAAAAGGAGAAAAUGUUGAAAGACAGUCAGUCAGAUCAAGAUACGGACCAUAGUCCAAACGUACAAUCAGGAAAAGACAUUCCUGAGCAAAAGAACAAAAAGGAAAGUGACUUGUCCUUGUCAGAACAUCUUUUUGCUCCCAAAGAGACAUCAUACUCAGAAGAUUUUGAAAAAUCUUCUUUUAAGAAAGAAAUUUCAGCUGAACUGUACAAAGAUGACUUUGAGGUGUCAUCUUUGUUGUCACUCAGGAAAGACCCUCAGUCUUGCAGAGAUCAGUCCCAGCCCUCCAGGAGAUCUAGAAGUAGAGCCACCAGUUUUGGUAGUGACGAUGAGAUCAGCGAGUGCCUCAGUGAGAAGAGCCUUUCCAUUCAUAGCAGUGUCCACUCUGAAAGGCUGUUAGAGCUCAAGUCCCCGACCGAGCUUAUGAAAAGUAAGGAGCGCAGUGAUGUGGAACACGAACCCGAAGUUGCUGAACCUCCUGCUUUGGCUUCGGUCUCUAUUGCGGAUGAGUUACUUGAUUUCCACAUUGGUGAUAGGGUAUUGAUUGGCAAUGUGCAGCCAGGAACUCUUCGAUUCAAAGGGGAGACUAGUUUUGCAAAAGGAUUUUGGGCUGGAGUAGAGUUGGAUAAACCUGAAGGAAAUAACAAUGGGACAUAUGAUGGCAUUGUAUAUUUUGUGUGCAAAGAGAAGCAUGGUAUUUUUGCUCCUCCUCAAAAAAUAUCUCACAUUCCAGAAAACUUCAAUGACUAUGUAGAUGUAAAUGAAGAUGAAGACUCUUAUUUAGAUGAACAAUAUCAAUAUUAUAAUCAAGAGCAAAAGGAUACAGAGGAUCUGAAAGAUAGAGAGAAAGAUGCAAUUGAAUAUUUUUAUGAAAAAUCUCUACCUACUACGCACAAUAUAGAAGCCUUGGUUGAUAGAGAUAGAAGCCUUAAAAUAGAAACCGACAACAUAAAGGACACUUCUGGGGUAAUUGAAGCCCAAGUUCACCAGCAGUCUUCAGUAGAUUCAUUGAUUUCUUCAAAGGAAGACAAAGACCUCCUUUCUGAUGCCAUAGAAAAGGUUUCCACUGCUGCAGAGGAUGAUACUUUAGAUAACACCUUUUCUGAAGAAUUGAAGAAGCAACAGCAGUUCACAGAAAAGGAAGAGAACCUAUAUUCCAAAGUUUCAGAAACACUUUCUACCCCACUUCUGGACCUUUUAACAAGAGAAAAAAAACAAUUGGAAACCCAGCUGAGGUCAUCACUAAAUGAGGAGAACAAGUCAAAGCAACAACUAGAAGCAGUCAGCUCACUGACAGACAACUUGCUCCAGGUGUUUGUGAAGGACACAGUCAGUCAACUGCAGCAAAUCAAGAAAGCUCGGAAUGAGAAAAUCCAGCUUAGCAACCAGGAGCUUCUCGAUGAUGACCAAAAGAAAGUACAGCCCCAAGAUCUGUCCCCAAAUCUUGAGGAACCGUCACCAGGCAUUCCAAGUUGCUUCUUAAGGUCAGAAUUAGAAGAUGAAAAAGAAGAAAUUUCCUCUCCAGAUAUGUGUCCCAGACCUGAGAGCCCAGUAUUUGGUGCCAGUGGGCAGGAAGAGCUUGCUAAGAGACUCGCUGAACUGGAGAUCAGCCGGGAGUUCCUGAGCGCAUUAGGAGAUGAUCAAGACUGGUUUGACGAAGACUUUGGUUUAAGCUCUUCUCACAAGAUCCAAAAAAAUAAGGCAGAAGAAACUAUUGUACCUCUAAUGGCAGAACCUAAAAGAACACCCCAAAAGCCAUGUGAAACAUUGUUGGCAGUCCCACAUACUAUAGAAGAAGUAGAAAUUCUCGUACAUAAUGCAGCAGAAGAACUUUGGAAAUGGAAAGAACUAGGCCAUGAUCUUCACAGCAUCAGUUUUCCAACAAAACUGCUGGGCAGUGCCAGUAAGGGUCUAGACCUAGAAAGUACUAGUAAAAGGGUCUACAAACAGGCGGUUUUUGAUUUAACAAAAGAGAUUUUUGAGGAAAUAUUUGCUGAGGAUCCUAAUGUGAAUCAACCUGUUUGGAUGAAGCCAUGUAGAAUCAACUCUAGUUAUUUUCGUCGAGUGAAAAAUCCAAAUAACCUUGAUGAAAUCAAGAACUUCAUAGCAACUGAAGUACUCAAGUUGUUCAGUCUUAAAAAGGAGCCAAACCACAAAACAGAUUGGCAGAAAAUGAUGAAAUUUGGAAGAAAGAAAAGAGACCGAGUAGAUCAUAUCCUGGUCCAGGAGCUCCACGAGGAGGAGGCACAGUGGGUGAACUACGAUGAGGAUGAGCUGUGUGUGAAGAUGCAGCUGGCCGAUGGGAUCUUUGAGACCUUGAUCAAAGAUACUAUUGAUGUUCUGAAUCAGAUCAGUGAGAAACAGGGGAGAAUACUACUUGUGUGACACCUUGCAAAUAAAUCGAACACUGAGUGCUAAUGUGA